AUGAAGAUGAACAUUGUUAUACUUGUUUUUGUGUUCCUAAACAUUACCAACCUAAUCAACGGUGGGAUAACGAGCAAAUAUGUCCGUCAAGCUCAACCAUCAACUGAGAUGCCUCUAACAACUUUUCCAUCUCCGGCUGGUCACAACUCUCCUGAACAGGUUCAUAUCUCUCAAGGAGAUUACAACGGACGUGGCAUCAUCAUCUCGUGGGUAACACCGUUAAAUCUAGCUGGUUCUAACGUUGUUACUUAUUGGAAGACUGUUGAUGGUGACGUGAAGCCGCAAAAGAAGAGAACUCAUGCCUCCACAUCGUCUUAUAGAUUCUAUGACUAUACUUCUGGCUUUCUUCAUCACGCCACCAUUAAAGGACUUGAGUAUGAUACCAAGUACAUCUAUGAAGUUGGCAGUGGUGAAUCCGUUAGACAAUUCUCCUUUACUAGUCCCCCUAAGGUCGGACCCGACGUCCCAUACACAUUCGGCAUUAUUGGUGAUCUUGGACAAACGUAUGCUUCUAACGAGACAUUGUCUCAUUACAUGUCAAACCCGAAAGGCCAAGCCGUUCUCUUUCCUGGAGACUUGUCUUACGCCGACGACCACCCAAACCAUGACCAAAGAAAGUGGGAUUCUUAUGGAAGAUUUGUGGAGCCUUGUGCCGCUUACCAACCCUUCAUUUAUGCUGCGGGCAAUCACGAAAUUGAUUUUGUCCCAAACAUAGGGGAGCCUCAUGCCUUCAAGCCCUACGUUCACCGUUACCAUAAUGCCUACAAAGCUUCAAAGAGCACUUCUCCUCUUUGGUACUCUAUUAGACGUGCCUCUGCCCACAUUAUCGUCCUUUCUUCGUACUCCGCCUACGGCAAAUACACACCUCAAUACGUGUGGCUCGAGCAAGAGUUGAAGAAGGUGAACAGAGAAGAGACUCCGUGGUUGAUCGUCAUGGUUCACUCGCCGUGGUAUAACAGUAAUAACUACCAUUACAUGGAAGGUGAAAGCAUGAGAGAUUUUGAGUCGUGGCUUGUCAACAACAAAGUUGAUUUGGUUAUAUCCGGACACGUCCAUUCUUACGAAAGAUCCCAUCGUAUCUCCAAUGUCAAAUAUAACAUCACCAAUGGCUUGAGCUCUCCUGUGAAAGAUCCUUCUGCCCCCAUUUACAUCACUAUCGGAGAUGGAGGAAAUAUUGAAGGAAUCGCUAAUAGUUUUACUGAUCCGCAACCCAGUUACUCAGCUUAUAGAGAAGCUAGUUUCGGUCACGCGGUUUUGGAUAUUAAGAACAGAACUCAUGCGUUAUACACUUGGCAUAGGAAUCAAGACAAUGAACCUGUCGCGGCCGAUUCAGUUAUGCUACAUAACAGAUAUUUUUUACCGGUCGAAGAAUUAGCAUCCGGCAAUGUCUAG